UAUUCUAGAAUAUGAAUUGUUUGAAAUUCUUGAGCUUGUUUGUUUGUCGUUAACCAACAAAUAAGUCCAUCAAGAAUACAUUUGGUUACUAUGCUUUAGAACACAUUUGACGUCUAGAAAAAUCGCUGAGUUGAAUUUUCUCGAUAGUUAAAGAAGACAAAGUGAAAUUAUACAUAGGUACUCAAUUUUAAAGCUAAAGUCGAUCUUAGCUGUAAGAAAAGCCAUAAAUAAUGUCUGAAGAACAGAAGAAUUCCUGUGUUUCUGAAGAAAUUAAGCCGAAGAUCAAACAUGAUUGGUACCAGACGGAGUCACAAGUGGUUGUCACUAUAUUAAUCAAGAAUGCCCUAAGUGACCAAGUCAAAGUCCAGUACAAUGAACGAAGUCUAUCCUUUUCCUGUCCGUUACCUAACUCAGACUCCGAGUACAGUUUGGAACUUGAAUUAGCACAUGAAAUAAUACCAACAAUGUGCAGUUACGUAGUGAGCCCGUCGAAGAUAGAGAUCAAGCUACGUAAGAAGGAAGGUCUAAGAUGGAACCAGCUGGAAGGGGAAGGGACUGAGAAAAAAGUUAAGGCCAUUCCUCAGGCUGUAAUCGACGCUUCCGGACCGCAGCAACCGCCUCAACUAUUCAGAAAAGACUGGAACAAGAUCGAGAAGGAUAUUAAAAAAAUGGAAGAAGAAGAGAAACCAGAAGGAGAUGCUGCACUCAAUGCUCUCUUUAGGAAAAUAUACGGUGAAGGAUCUGAUGAAGUCCGACGUGCCAUGAACAAGAGCUUUGUCGAAUCCGGAGGCACUGUGCUCAGCACCAAUUGGACCCAAGUGGCUCAAGACAAGGUGGAAGUGAAGCCCCCAGACGGGCUGGAAUUCAGGAAGUGGGACUCGUAAACUGCUCAAAAGAUAUCGGCUAACCAUAGACUAUUAUUACUAUCCUAUGUUCUCGUUAUCUUAGUAUUUACAAGUAACCACUGUAUUUUGGGCUCGAAGAAAAGUGUCCUUUAAGAAUAAUAGAAAGAAGAAGCAACCAAUUUACAAUUGAGAUUUUAAUGUCAGAUGCCAUGAUCAGUAGUUGCCUUC